AUGCAAAGAGCUCGUUCGCGAUCAUUUUUAGUUGCUUGUUGUUAUUGUUCAACUCGCCGACCACGUGAAUCAAUGACAAUAGUUCCUUCGAUUGGAAAUGAUAAACGACAAAAAUGGAUUGAUAUUUUGGGAGAAGAAUUCAAAGAAAACAUUGAAAUACUUGCACAGCCACACAUUUGCUUGUCACAUUUCAAGUAUUUACCAAAUGGAAAACGAAAGAAAUCAUCACUUCCAAUUCCGUUGCCAUUUUGUAGCGAAAAAGAUGGAUUACCUGUAGAAUUCGAAGAUAUUCCUGAUGAUUCAGUUAUUCCAGAGAAAAAGCCUAGAAGUGACUCUGAUGUUUCAAAUAGUUCGAAUGAGUUUGUAUGUUACAAAUAUGUAUUACCAAUUUCCAAAAAUUCUCAAAUUAUUUUUUUUAGAAAACUUCCAGCUUUAUUUGCUGCUUUUGUGGCGAAGAUGUUGAAAAAUCAGAAAGCACUCAAAUUCCACGAACUGAUUUAUGUCGAAGAAGAUGGGCACAUGUUUUUGGCAGUGAAUUUCUGGUGAACUCUUUCGAAACUGGAAAUUCAAGAGUUUGCACUUUUCAUUUAGAUGAAAAACCACAAUUUUCACAAUUAUCGAUUCAAUUGAGAUCACGUGUAAAAUAUCGACAAUUGUCUCCGAAUCCUGAUACACCAACACCAAAAAAUAUUGUGAAAAAAAUGUGUUCAUAUUGUGGUUUACCAAGGAAUUUAUUAGAAAUGAAGAUUGUGCCAUAUAAUUGUCAGGAAUGGGAAAAUAAACUUGGAAGUGUUUUUCGAAAUUUUAUAAGAUUAUCAAGAGAACACUGUUAUAUCUGCUUGGCUCAUUUUGAUUACUUAAAUGAAGUCCCAAAACCAUUUCCAUUUUUCAAUGCAGAAGCUGGCUUGAAUAUUUUGAGUGAUCAAUAUUAUUUUGAGAAUUCGGAAUAUCUUGGACCUAACAAUACUCCAAUCAAUGAGGUAUUCAAAAAUUUAGAUCAGAACACAGAACAUACUUAUAUUUCAGAGUGUUUCUUCAAUUGACUUUUAUGAUCCGAAAAUAAUUAUCGAUGCAGCAAUUGUAGAAAUUUAUAGAUACUUGAGUUCAGAAAAGGUAAGAAAGACUAAGUAUUUUUCAAAAAAAAUUUUUUGAUUAGGAAUUCGCGAAACAAUCAAUACGGCAUUCAAAAUAUUUGGAUCAAUCGAAGAUAAAUCAAAUGCCUGAUUUGAUUUGUUGUUAUUCGGUUUGUGGAAAACAUCGUCCAAUUGAUGAAAUGGUCCGACUUCCAUAUUGUUCGAAUGCAAUUUCAGAAUGGAAUCAUGAAUUAGGAAAUGAAAUUGAUGUUUCAAAUCAAUUAAAUGUUAUUUGUGUUUCACAUUUCUAUCUUCAAAAAGGCACCGGCCAAAUAAUGCCAUUUACUCUUCCAAUUCCUUUACCAUUCGAUUCGUUGGUAUGUUCUUGUUUAAAUUUGAUAACUAAAAAUUCGUUCUCAAUAUUUUCAGAAGUAUAACUAUCCGGAUAGUGUUAUUAACGUGAAAAUCAGUCAUGUAAGUUGAUUGAUAAAACUUGUUUGUGAAUAUACAGAAAAUAUUAAUUUCCAGAUUCCUCCCGGAAAAUGCAAUCACUGCGUUGAACAAAAAAAGACGGACAAUUUGAGUUCACCAAGUUCGAAUAUCACUCCAAUCAAUUCAGCUGAUCAAUUUGAUCCAAUUUUUCUCAAUUCACAAUUGUCACAAUUAGAUCAUUUUCAAUUGAACAAUGAUAAUAUUCCAGAUAAUUCUGAACAAGUUAACCAACAAACUUUAAAAGUUCCAAAUUUUAAUAACAAUUUUCUGUAAAUAUUGAUCACUUCCCCUUGUUAUUUCUUUUUGUUUUUGUAUAAAUCUAUCUGCUUUUUUAACAGGAUUUUUGCUUAUUGUUUCAAAAUCGUCGUUCAUACGAUAAUUAGUAUUUUCAAAAAAAAUUGCUAUGGGAAUAACUAUUUCUACAAAUUUUUUCAGAAUGCCGAAAUGUUUAUGUUGUCGGAAAACUGGCAACAAAGAAGAUAUGGUGAAUAUUCCCAAAAAUUAUAAGUGUUUCGUAAAAUCCAUGAAUAUUUCUGUGAAAGAGUUUGAGGAACGAAUGAAGCAUUUUAAAACACAUUUGAUUUGUAUUGAUCAUUUGCCAAAAAAUGGAAAUUCAAAAAGGAAACGGGUCAGUUUUUAUUCGAAAUUUUUCAAAAAAUAUUUUCCCUAAUUUUAAGUUUCUGCAAUUACAGAAUCCUCAAACUGAAGUAAGAAAUAAAAUCUGGGAACGUAUUCCACAUUACAUAAUUUGUCGAUAUUGUGAUUCGCGAUGUCAUCCAAAACAAGCCACUCCAAUCCCAAGAAACAUCAAAAUUUUGGAAAAAUGGUUCGAGAUUUUAGGACCAGCAUUUAAAGAAAAGGUCAAACAGAAAAGGAAAAAUUUCAUUUGUCUUUCACAUUUUGUAUUUCCUAAAGGAGUCCAUGUUCGAAAACCGAAUAACUUACCGAUUCCAUUGAAGGUGAAGAAUGAGGUAUCCUUUUUCAUAAUAUUUUCUUUGAAAAUAACUUGAUUUCAGAAAAAAAGAGCUGGUUGUUUUGUCGAAAUCAUCAAGAACUGAUAAAAAUACAAAAGUGAAAGAGGAGCACGAAGAGAAGUAUUCAUAUCCACUUCCUUGUCGAUAUUGUGGUCUGAAAUGCGAUCCAAAACAAAUGACAUCAGUUCCAAGAAAAGAAGACAUUUUGGAAAAAUGGAUCGAAAUUUUGGGUCCGGAAUUCGAGAAAAAUCUUCAUGAUACACGUAGAAACUAUAUUUGUUUGAGUCAUUUCGAAAUUCCUGGCGGAGUCAAAAAUCGAAGUCAUAAUAAUUUUCCGAUUCCGAUGAAAAAUAAUAAUCAGGUAUGUUUCUGAUGAGAAAAAAUAAUAUAUUUUCUCAAUUUUUUAAAUUUCAGAUACCUGAUUCACUCAAAAUUUCUGAUUCUGAAUCAAUUGAACACGAUUAUGAUGAUAGUUAUGAUGAUGAAAAUGAUGAUUUGAAUAUGCCAGAAUUAGAAAGAUUUGAUUUCGUUAAAGAUGAACAACUUGAUUUGAAUGAAAAUAUAGAAGAAUCAAAAAAUACAAUAUCGUUGAAAAAUCCAAAAAAGGAAUUGAAUGGUUUGAAAAACGCAUAUAAAAGAAGUCGAGAAUGUCAAUAUUGUGGAGAAAGAAAAAAUACAACAAUUGAUGACGAAAACACCAACAACGAAAGAAGUUUUCGAGAAAUGGUGUAA